AUGAUCGCGGAAGAGCACGAGCGAAGGACUUUUCUCAUCUUGGACGAAGGUCCCAAACUCGACGAGGAUGGCAAACCCGUGGUCGUGCAAAAACCCAACUUCGGGCUCAGUGGUGCAUUGGCCAAGGACACAACCACGGGAAACGUGAAGAACGGCAUCGUGAUGAAGUGGUGCGAGCCGCCAGAAGCACGAUUGCCCGACGCACGGUGGCGCUUGUACGUGUUCAAAAACGACGAGAACGUGGCAACGCUCCAUUUGCAUCGACAGAGUGCGUACUUAUUUGGCCGCGAGAAGAAGGUUGCUGACGUAUACCUGGAACACGGGUCUAUCUCGAAGCAGCAUGCGGUGGUACAGUUCCGCAUGCGGCACAAGGAGGUGCGGCGCGACGAACUGGACCAGCCUGAACUCGUGUCGGAGGUCUUGCCAUACCUCAUGGACCUCAAGAGCACCAACCACACGUUCCUAAACGGCAAACAGAUCGAGCAUUCCCGGUACAUCCAACUCAAGGAGAAGGACGUGAUCACAUUUGGCGAAAGCACGCGUGAGUACGUGCUGCUGAAAGACACGAAAGGGUCGAAGAGUAAACACAGUUAA